UGCAUCACCCCCCCAUUCCUCUUAAUAAUCAUCGCGAUCGCAGCCUCACUUGCGGGGGCCGUUCCAGCCCAAGACUUAGGACACAACGCGAAACAAGUAUACCAAACAACAGACAAAUUCCCACUGGCAAAUCCAGGAAACAUCGCAGCCCACGACCCCAACAUCAUCAUCUACGAUGAGCACUACUACCUCUUCAAAGGCGGGAUCAACAUCCCAAUCUUCAAAUCAGCCAACCUAUCCGGUCCAUGGGAACAGCUCGGCACAGUUCUAGCGGGCGACAGCAUAAUCCCAAAAGGCAACCAGUCACGACCCUGGGCACCAACAACAAUCGAAAGAAACGGCAUGUUCUACUGCUACUACACGCUAAGCGUGAAAGGGUCCCGCAACAGCGCGAUUGGCGUCGCAACGACAACAGCCCUUGACGGCAGUCCCUGGACAGAUCACGGCGUCGUCAUUAAUACGGGCGAAGGCGCUGGGUCCGAGGUGUGGCCGUACACGAUUACGAAUGCCAUUGAUGCGUCUGUGAGCGUUGAUCAGGACUCCGGUCAGACCUAUCUCAACUAUGGAAGCUUCUGGCAGGAUAUAUGGCAGGUUCCGCUGGCGGAUGAUUUGCUUUCUGUUAAGGAUGCAGAUGCGCCGGAUGCUGUGCAGUUGACGUUUAUCCCGCGUGCGAAGUCUAAGCCUGAGGAGGGGCCGUGGAUGGGUUUUCGAGAGGGGUUUUAUUAUCUUUGGUUUAGUUAUGGGAAUUGUUGUAAUUUCAAGGAGAAAUUCCCUGCGCGUGGGAAGGAGUAUAGUAUUCGCGUUGGAAGGUCGAAGGAUGUGCGUGGGCCUUUUGAGGAUAGGAAGGGGAAAUCGUUGCUUGAUGGAGGUGGCACGGUGGUUUAUGGUUCCAAUCAUGGGGUUGUGUAUGCUCCUGGUGGAUUGGGUGUCGUGGGUGGGAAGAACGAUUCCAUGCCCGAUAUUCUCUAUUAUCAUUACUUGAAUACGUCGACUGGGUUCAAGCAUGGGCAAGCUCAGCUCGGCUGGAACUAUCUGAACUAUGAGGAUGGGUGGCCGGUGCCUGCUGGAGGCCAAAAUGCCACAAGCAGUGCCGCCUUCGUUUAUGGACCUCAACUUCCCGGCUGGGGGUAUCUGAUGGUCAUUUUCGGUAAGGGCAGACUGUGCAAUGUUUAUGUGUUCUAUGCUAAUGUCUACUUAUAG